AUGCAACUCCCUCUCACCCUUAUGGCAGCACUUGCUCUCAUCCCAUCUUCCUGCAUAGCCAUCCGUCGUUGCACUCUUCAACGACUCUCCCCCGUCUCCCGCUCGCCUCUUUCCUUUCCCCGCCCGCCGCAUUUCGCGCUCUCCUCACCGUCUCGAACAGUUUGCGGCAGAGCUGCCGUGCGACGCUUUGCGACAAUGGCGGCCGGGUAUCAGGAGAGCGACGCGGUGCGGGAGGCCCGCGAUCUUGUCGCGGAGCUGUGCCGCCACUUCUACACCCUCGGAUGGGUCUCGGGAACAGGAGGCAGCAUCAGCAUCAAGGCAAAUGAGCCGGGGAAGACCAACCAAGAGCGCACUAUCGUCAUGGCACCGUCUGGCGUGCAGAAGGAGAGAAUGAUACCAGAGGACAUGUAUGUGAUGGCCCCGGACGGCACAGUGCUGGUGGAGCCCAAGGUCAAGCCGCCCCCGCACAAGGCGCCCAAGUGCAGCGAGUGCGGCCCGCUCUUCCUCAAGUGCUUUGAGAUGCGCGGAGCGGGGGCAGUGAUCCACAGCCACGGCAUGGAGACUGCCAUGGCCACCAUGCUCGUCCCUGGCGCUAAGGAGUUCCGCAUAUCUCACAUGGAGAUGAUAAAGGGCAUCGUGGGCCAUGGGUACUAUGACGAGCUGGUGGUGCCAAUCAUUGAGAACACCGCCAGGGAGUACGAGCUCACCGACUCCCUCGCUGCUGCUAUCGAAGCCUACCCCAAGGCCACAGCAGUUCUUGUCAGGAAUCACGGCGUGUACAUCUGGGGGGACAACUGGAUCCAGGCCAAGACACAGGCGGAGUGCUACCAUUACCUCUUUGACGCGGCUAUCAGGAUGCAUCAGAUGGGGAUCAACCCCUGUGACCCGCUUCACCUUCCCGCUGCGGCUGCUGCUGCCGCUCCUGCUGCUACUUCUGGUGGCAAGACCUUUCCGAAGUUCAUAGUGCUGGACAUCGAGGGCACCACCACCCCCAUCUCCUUUGUCUCCCAGGUGCUCUUCCCGUACGCUAAAAGCCACGUGGGGCAGCAUCUGCUUGACACCUUCGACACACCUGAAACACAAGCAGACAUGCUGCUGCUGCGGGCACAGAUUGAAGAAGACAUAAAAUCCUCUGUCCCCGGUGCCGAAUCUGUCCCACCCCUGGAGGCCGGGAAGGAGGCGGUGGUGGGGGCAGUGGAACGGAACGUGGCGGCGAUGAUAGCAGCGGACAGGAAGGUGACGGCGCUGAAGCAGCUGCAGGGGCACAUCUGGCGGGGCGGGUACGAGAAGGGGGAACUCAAGGGGGAGUUUUUCAGUGACGUGCUGACGGCGCUCACCCAGUGGCACGCUGCUGGCUGCAAGAUCUAUAUCUAUUCGAGUGGCAGCAGGGAGGCGCAGCACCUCAUCUUCGGCUAUUCCAAUGUGGGCGAUCUGAGGCGCUUCAUUAGUGGCUUCUUCGAUACCACGACAGGCCACAAGAGGGAGGCGCGUAGCUACUCGGAGAUCGCUCUCACUCUGGGUGCUCACUCCCCAUCGGAGAUCACCUUCUGCACCGACAUUCUUGAAGAGGCUCAGGCCGCCAAGCAAGCAGGUCUGCAGGCGGUGCUGCUCUCUCGCCCAGGCAAUGGUGCCCUGCCUGCCGACCCCGGCUUCCCUGUGCUCACCUCACUCACCGACCUCUAG